CGCCUUCUGCGCUUGCGCGUCGGCCUGCUCCUCCUGAGCCCGGGGCCCCUGCGGCUGGGACUUGGUACAGCCGGGCGGUUGGCGUCCUCCGCGACUCCAGCCAGGGGCGGGCUUUUCAAAUCUUCCCUUCGACGUAGUGGCUGCGGCCAGGGCAACCCGCGCUGGAGAUGGAGGGGCCGAGCCUGCGGGGUCCCGCACUCGGCUUCGCGGGGCUUCCCACCCAGCGGGACUGCAGCAUUCAAGAAAAAAUAGACUUAGAAAUUCGAAUGCGAGAAGGAAUAUGGAAACUCCUUUCUCUGAGCACUCAGAAAGAUCAGGUUUUACAUGCAGUUAAGAAUCUCAUGGUGUGCAAUGCUCGAAUAAUGGCCUAUACAUCGGAGCUUCAGAAAUUAGAAGAACAGAUCGCAAAUCAGACUGGAAGAUGUGAUGUGAAAUUUGAAAGUAAACAACGAACUGCAUGUAAAGGAAAGAUUGCCAUAUCGGAUAUUCGAAUACCACUAAUGUGGAAAGACUCUGAUCACUUCAGCAAUAAAGAACGAUCGCAACGCUAUGCCAUUUUUUGUUUAUUCAAAAUGGGAGCUAAUGUGUUUGAUACUGAUGUGGUGAAUGUGGAUAAAACAAUCACAGAUAUAUGUUUUGAAAAUGUAACCAUAUUUAAUGAAGCAGGGCCAGACUUUCAUAUAAAGGUGGAAGUAUAUAGUUGCUGUACAGAAGAAUCUUCUAUAACCAAUACACCAAAAAAGCUAGCUAAGAAACUCAAGACAUCUGUAAGUAAAGCUACAGGAAAGAAAAUAAGUUCAGUGCUUCAAGAAGAGGAUCAUGAGACGUGCUUGCUCCUCAACUCUGCUGUUUUUGGUGUAAAGUAUAAUUUGCUAGCUCACACUACCCUAACCUUGGAAAGUGCUGAGGAUAGUUUCAAGACCCAUAAUCUGUCUAUUAAUGGAAAUGAGGAGUCUUCAUUUUGGCUUCCCCUAUAUGGCAACAUGUGCUGUCGACUAGUUGCCCAGCCAGCUUGUAUGGCUGAGGAUGCAUUUGCAGGAUUUCUUAAUCAGCAGCAAACGAUAGAAGGUCUGAUUAGUUGGAGAAGGCUGUAUUGUGUUUUGCGAGGAGGUAAACUCUAUUGUUUUUACAGUCCAGAGGAAAUUGAAGCUAAAGUGGAACCAGCUUUGAUAGUACCCAUUAACAAGGAAACCAGAAUCCGGGCAAUGGAUAAGGAUGCCAAUAAAAGAAUCCAUAAUUUCUCUGUCAUCAAUCCUGUUCCUGGACAAGCUAUAACUCAGAUUUUUGCAGUUGACAAUAGAGAAGAUCUUCAGAAGUGGAUGGAAGCCUUCUGGCAGCAUUUCUUUGAUCUUAGCCAGUGGAAGCAUUGUUGUGAAGAACUUAUGAAAAUUGAGAUUAUGUCACCACGGAAACCACCUUUGUUCUUGACAAAAGAGGCAACCUCAGUCUACCAUGAUAUGAGCAUUGAUUCACCUAUGAAACUUGAAAGUUUAACGGAUAUAAUACAAAGAAAAAUUGAAGAGACAAAUGGGCAGUUCCUUACUGGUCAGCAUGAAGAAUCCUUACCACCUCCUUGGGCGACACUCUUUGAUGGUAACCAUCAAAUGGUCAUCCAGAAAAAGGUACUGUCUCCUGCAGGUGAGCCAUUACAUGAUGAAAAAGGGAAAAAGAGACGAGCUCCCCUUCCCCCUUCUGAUAAACUUCCAUUCAGCUUAAAAUCACAGAGUAACACAGAUCAAUUGGUUAAGGACAACUGGGGAAAAACAAGUGUGUCUCAGACUUCACCUUUGGAUACCAAACUAUCAAUCCUAAUGCAUCACUUACAGAAACCAAUGGCUGCUCCUCGAAAACUUCUCCCUGCCAGGAAAAAAAGAUUAAGUGAUGGUGAGCAUGCAGACACUAAAACCAAUUCUGAAGGCAAGCCAGUGCCAGCUCCAAGGCAGAAAUCCAUCAAAGACAUUCUGGACCCUAGAUCAUGGCUGCAGGCACAAGUAUAGAAAACAAUUAAUGAUAAAACAUUUAACAAAAUCUAUAACUGUAAUGCUUAAUUCAGAGGCAUUAUAAAUUGAGUAAUGUAUAAUUAUAUAGGUAAAUAUGAUAGUGAUUUAUACCAAUAAUUAAUAAGCUAUUAGGUAUAGAAAAACAUAAUAAAGAUAUGGAUUUUUUUCUUUUUACUCCUGAUUUUCAGAAUGUAAGUGAUUUCUCCAGCAGUGUGCAAGAGGCAGUUUCCAGACAAUAUCCUAAUUGUUGGAAGGGUUAAUUUAUUCCUAAAUUAGUACCAGGCAGUGAAUAAGCCCUAGGCAGAAUAAAGCAUUAAAAUUUCUUUUGGGGAGAGACUGUCUAGUAAUUUAAAAUGUGUUAAAUAUGAGCCAUAUUCUCAUUGUGAGAAUUUUAAUACUAAUGGAAUGUUUCAAAGGUUUCGUUCAAACCACAAAUUAUAGAAUCCACCCAAGAAAAUUCUCUUCUUAGCAUUCUGGAAUUCUCAUCUAAUGGUUCACUGGCUCUCAUCUAUUGUUUAACUCACUAGUUUAUAGGCUGACCUUUUAAAUUCUUGGGACAAAUUUUGGAAUAUUAAAUUCUUCAUCUUUAAAGGGAAUUUGUAAUGUGCUAUUCAGACUUGUUUCCUUUAUGAGCCCUGAAAUCCUGUUGACAUUAACUUUCAUAAAUGAAGCAUAACACUUAUUAGUUUAGAGAAAUGGUAGAUGAAAUUCUCUUUACGUUCAAUUUUCUGUGUGUGUUGCUAAUUUCCAUUGUGGCUUUGGAAUUUAGGAAAGUGAGUAGAUGAUUAACACCUUGAAAUUCAUUUAACUCUUAUUUAAAAAGAAGAUGGGAGAUUCAAAAAUACUGGAAAAGUUGGCUACCAUGGAAAAUAAUUUUCAGAGUUAAUUCUUUUUUACAAUUUUAAUUAGAUUUCCUUGUCCUAGUAAGGUUGAUGUCUGAUAGCGGUAUCAUUCAUUAGAAGUCAUAUUCUUACAACAGUGACAUUGGAGUCAUUUCCAUAGGAGGUAAUUUCCAUAGCAACUAAUCAUAGUGACCCAAACAGGAUUAUAAAAUCAAGUGAGGAAUAAAUAGCAGAAAAAUACCUUAUAAGGAACAAAAAAAAAAAAAAUCCAUUUUUUAUAAUAAUGCUUUUUGUAAACAAGAGCAGAACAAUUUUAAAAAUCGAAUUAGAAUUUCCAAAUAAAACAGUUUCCAUAAGGUGUCAGCAGCAGCACUAAAAAUCUCAAAUCACACUGAACCCUAAAUAUCAUUGCAAGAGAUAAAAGCUAAGAAUUAAGUUGCUGCCCUGUGUAUAAUCUCUUGAGAUCUUUUUAAAGCUAGCAAGAACUCUAUUUGGAUCAGAACUACAUUAUUACAAAAUAAAACGAACACUUGACAAAAAAAAAAAACCCACAUUAAUUUAAACAGAGCCUUUCAUUAUUUUCAGAUAGCAGGGUCUUUUUCAUUUACAAAGAAUGAUGUAACUGCCAGGUCACUUCUGUGUUUGCCCAGGACUCCUAGUAAGAAUUGAAUCUUGAGGGAGUAAUGAUAACAAAAGGUUUCUUGUGACCGGUAACACCAGGACAGACACAGUGUUUGGUGAGAGGAUACUGUCUGCUUGAUGGCAUACAGAGAUCAUAACAUGUAUGGAAACCUUAAAAAGUGGGUUUACUUUAUCUAACUAGAAGGCUCUCAUAAAUUGCUGUAUGAUUGCUGUUUCAGUAAGUGACAUUAAAAAUCUAAAGGAUAUUGUUUGAAUUUUUUAGUUACUUUUUUAAGCCUCAUUGCUGUUUUUGACAGCAUUUGUGACUGUCAUUGCCACAGAAUUAUAGAGCUAGAAAAUGCUGCAGCCAAAAUUGUUUCUGAAACUGGCAUCUAAGCAUUCCUUUUUUUUCCUAGUUGAUGCCUUCCUUUAUUACAACAGUAUUAAAACUUCUAGAUUAUAUUCUUGUCAUUUUUCCUCAUGCACAUAAUAGCAGGAAGGAUUUAAGUUGUACAAGAAAAAGAAAGUAAUCAUAUAGAAAUUACUUAGCAGUUGGGUCCUCAGAGCAGAACUUUGAAGCCCUUUUUACCUAGAACCAUUUCAAAGCAUGAGCAAGGACCACCACCCUCUCCCCACCAAAUUAUUCAGUCUCUUUCUGGGGGCCCAGGUUACUGUAUGUUGCAAGUCUUUGAAAUGGGCCUGAUGUCUUCGGCUCCUGAAAUGCUGAUUUACCCCUUCCCAAAAGAGUGUAAUUAUAAUACAAAGUUGGUUUUUUUCUUUCUUUUUUUUUUUUUUUCCUCUGGCCCCGUCUUCUCUCUCAGUCUCAUCCCCAAAGGGAAAGCCCUCUUUCCCUCAUUCUCUUCUUUCUCCCUUCCUUUACAGUU